AUGGCAACCAAAGAACAAGGAGCUGGUCAUUAUGGCUUUGUUGACAUGUUUAUUCCUCCACAAAAUACUGGAACUGUGGGUAGACGUGCAUGUAGUGUGCUACUGGGAUUGAAAUACAUUACCUUGCUAGAUCUAUGGGAUGGAGAGACAGAAACCUGGAAAAGGCAAUAUAUCCACAAGCAGUUGGAAGAUUUUAAAGGCAAGAUUCAUAAAGAAGAUGAACAGAAUCUACUUGCCAGAAAGUACAUGUAUUAUUCCAAGGACCUGAGGAAAGCAGUGGUGACAACUGUGGGUGAUUAUAUGGGUGAUGCCACAAAACAACUCAAGACAUACAUGGAUAUAGUGGCCAGAGACAUACUGUACUAUGAUUCUGGAGUGCCAGACAACAGAGUCAAGAUCAAGGAAGGAAUGGAUAAUCUGCAAGGACAUGUCAUUAUCAUUAUGGCAAUUGCAG